GCUGCAGAGCGACGCAGCCUUCAGAGCAGUCGUCACUCCUGUCUGGGUACCAGCUCCCCGCUGCCUGCGCACGGCGGGCUGGCAUCGGGCCCGGGGGGAAGCGGAGCAGGUCUGCUGGUCGAAGUGACGCGGCGGCUCACUCGUGGCAACAAUCAGCAGGAGCAGGAGACAGCAAGGAUAGGCCCAGGAAAACGAAGAAAUGGAGCAGCCCGUGCAGAACGGAGAGGAAGACCGCCCUUUGGGAGGGGUCGAAGGCCACCAGCCAGCAGCAAAUAGACGGGGACAAGCUCGCCGACUUGCCCCUAAUUUCCGAUGGGCCAUACCCAAUAGGCAGAUCAAUGAUGGGAUGGGUGGAGAUGGAGAUGAUAUGGAAAUGUUCAUGGAGGAGAUGAGAGAAAUCAGGAGAAAACUUAGGGAGCUGCAGUUGAGGAAUUGUCUGCGUAUCCUUAUGGGGGAGCUCUCUAAUCACCAUGACCAUCAUGAUGAAUUUUGCCUUAUGCCUUGACUCCUGCCAUUUUCCAUGAGGUUAAUACUGUGAUCCCCACUGUUGUUCUCUUUUUCCUUACAUUUUCCUGAUAUGCCUUUACUGAUCCAUUUGCUGUGAACCUUAUGUAAUUUCCAUGUGUCAGGUGGGUUCUGUGUUACCAGCUUCUAAUUGGAGAUUGCCUUGGCACCCAAAGUUUCUGUCAACAGUAGAGUUUCACCCAUUUGCAUGGAAAAAUGUAAAGUCAAUAAAGCAAUUAAAAA